GAUAAGGUUUACUGUUGCCAGGUAGAGCAGAGGUAGAACAAGGUUUUGUGUUUAUAUCACUGUUGUUUCAAAUGUCUGCUUACAGGUGGCUGUGGUGUAUGGUGUACAUUUUCAUUGAUAGCACUUUUUGAUCAUGUCAUUCUGUCUACAGAGUGUUCUGUCUGCAAGGUCUUGGUUUGGUCUCUCUCCAACAGGUGACGGAACUCUCCCAGUCUUCGGCCUUGUCUCUCUCCAGGUGAUGAGCCUGUGUGGCUGGCUUUGGCUGCUCUACUGUCUCCAUGUCCCUAGGUGUGUCUGGGGUCUGGAUGGAGGUGGAGAGGGGGCUUGUCGGCUGGUAGCUAAGCCCGUCUCCGGCAGUGUUUAUCGGGCAGGAGAUGUGGUCAUUGGGGGCCUGUUCCCCAUCCAUGUGGAAGCCCCUCCACCAGAGCAGGAGUUCAGGAGCAUUAAGGGAAAUUCUACCUGUACAAUUUUCUACCAGCGUGCUUACCGUUGGCUCCAGACUAUGAUCUUUGCUGUGGAGGAGAUUAACCGUGACCCAGCCCUCCUGCCUAACCUCACCCUGGGGUUCCUGGCUGCUGACACAUGCCUGUCAGAGGGCACCACCCUGGGGGCAGCCCUAGCCAUGGUGACCGGCAAGGAGGCCUCCGUGGUGGGCACAGAGUGUGUCACAACCCCCGAGGUUCCUGUCAUCAUCGGGGAUGCCCGCUCCUCAGCUUCCAUCGUGGUGGCACAGACCCUCGGGCCGUUUGAUUUACCCAUGGUGAGUUACUUUGCCUCCUGUGCGUGUUUGAGUGACACCUGGAGAUACCCCUCAUUCUUCCGUACAGUACCCAGCGAUGCCUUCCAGGCUCGAGGCAUGGCCAGGCUGCUUUAUCAGCUGGGCUGGGUGUGGGUGGGGCUGGUGGCAGGGGAUGAUGACUAUGGCAAGUUUGGGGUUCAGCUGCUUCUCCAAGAGCUCCAGGGAUCUGGGGUGUGUGUCGCUUACUCUGAGGUCAUCCCAAAGGUAGCGUCUCAGAGACGUAUCAGGUACAUCGUAGACACCAUCAGAGGAUCUACUGCCAGAGUGGUGGUGACAUUUGCUAUCACAAAGGAUGCACAUGCACUGAUGGAAGAGGUUGUCCGUCAGAAUAUUACAGAUAAGCAGUGGAUUGCCUCAGAGGCCUGGGUCACUGACUCUACUCUCUCCUCCCCUGAAAACCUGCCCUCUCUUGCUGGGACCAUUGGAUUUGCCCUGAAGAAAGCCAACAUUCCCGGCUUGGGACCUUUCCUAACACGCCUCCAUCCAGAUGGGAACUACCAGAAGUCCGACCCCUUCCUGAGGUUAUUGUGGGAGGAGAUGUUUGGGUGUUCUCUGGGGGUUGACCUCAGCAUGACCCAGUCGUCAAGGCGACAGUGUACUGGGUCAGAGGUCAUAGGUGAGGGGGAGAGCCAGUAUGCUGACGUGUCUCAGCUGAGAGCCAGCUAUAAUGUGUACAAGGCUGUGUACGCCAUCGCCUACGCCAUACAGGAUAUGGUGGCCUGUCAACCAGGGGACGGAGUCUUUAAUGGUGGACAGUGCCCUGAUAUCAGGAAGCUUCAGCCCAGCCAGAUUGUUCGUUAUCUGAGGGGAGUGAACUUCAGUACUCCUGUGGGGGAAUCUUUCCACUUCGACAUGAAUGGAGAUCCGCCUGCCUCUUAUGACAUCAUCAACUGGCAUGUGACCCCCGAGGGGACGGCAGAGUUUGUCCAGGUCGGACAUUUUCUGUCCUCUGAGGGAUCAGGCGGCCAGAUUCACAUCGACAUGGAUAAAGUGGUGUGGGGUGGGGGCAGCGGAGAGGAGGUCCCUGUGUCUGUAUGCAGUGCUGACUGUCCCCCUGGUACCAGGCAUGCAGUACAGAAGGGGAAGCCUGUGUGCUGCUUUGACUGUCUGUCCUGUGCUGAGGGAGAGAUCAGCAACACAACAGGGUCAGAUGAGUGUAUUAGGUGUCCAGAGCGGUUCUGGUCCAACCCUGAUCGUACAGCCUGCAUCCCCCAGCUGGUGGACUUCCUCUCCUACAGCGACACCAUGGGUGUCAUCCUGUCUGUCAUCUCAGUUUCUGGGGCAACACUCACAGCCGGUGCCCUGGCCACCUUCCUCUACCACCGUCACACGGCCCUGGUGAAAGCCAACAACUCUGAGCUCAGCUUCCUGCUACUGCUGUCGCUCAACCUCUGCUUCCUGUGUGCGCUGGUUUUCAUUGGCCAGCCGAAGCCAUGGACGUGCAUGCUGAGACACACCCUGUUUGGUAUAAGCUUUGUGUUCUGCAUCUCCUGUCUGCUCAGCAGGACUGUGGUGGUGCUGGUGGCCUUCAGGGCCACUCUGCCUGGAGAGAACCUGAUGAGAUACUUCAGCCCCACCCAGCAGAGGAUGGGUAUCUCACUCUGCACACUCAUCCAGGUGCUGAUCUGUGUACUGUGGCUGGCCCUAGCUCCACCCCAACCGGCUGAGAGGGGAGGCAGAGAGGGUCGUGGGCCGAGGGUGGUCCUGGAGUGUGAGGUGGGCUCUGUGGUUGGUUUCUCUCUGGUGCUGGGCUACAUCGGCCUUCUGGCCUCCCUCUGUCUCCUCUUAGCCUUCCUGGCCAGGAAACUCCCAGACAACUUCAACGAGGCCAAGCUCAUCACCUUCAGCAUGCUGAUCUUCUGUGCUGUGUGGGUGGCCUUCAUCCCUGCCUACGUCAGCUCUCCUGGGAAGUACACAGUAGCUGUAGAGAUCUUUGCCAUCCUGGCCUCCAGCUUUGGGCUGCUGUUCUGUCUGUUUGCUCCAAAAUGUUUCAUCAUCCUCCUGAGACCAGAGAGAAACACCAAGAAACACAUGAUGUCCAAAUAGAAACCACCAAGAAACGCAUGAUGUCCAAUUAGAAACCACCAAGAA